AGACCUCUGUUAGACUUUCUUCAUGGAGGGUGAGGAGGAAGAGUGUGUUGAACCUAGCACUUCUAUGAACUACAGAACAACUAAUGCUGAGGUUUCACACUGUAGUGGACAAUGCCCCAACUGUGGAAAGGUUCGAAAGGUUUCCCAGAGGUCCCAUCGUUCCCCACAUCGCUGCCAUAGGAGGUCCCAGACAAGUAUCUCCACCAGGAAGAAUCUGAAAAUUUGGAUGAGAAUCAUGCCCAAAUCUUCGGCUCACCAGUAUAAUAUGAUUGAACUUGUGAUUAGUAACAAGCCAGAGCCAGAGGAGAAUAUGGCUGCUACCACCGAAGGCUCUACUAUUGACCUGGUGAGCCCUGAAUCGGUGAGCCCUGAAUCGGUGAGCCCCGAAGCAAUGAGCCCCGAAGCGAUGAGCCCCGAAUCGGUGAGCCCCAAAUCGGUGAGCCCCGAAGUGGUGAGCCCCGAAGCGGUGAGCCCUGAAGCGAUGAGCCCUGAAGCAAUGAGCCCCGAAGCGGUGAGCCCGGAAGUGGUGAGCCCUGAAUCAGUGAGCCCCGAAGCAAUGAGCCCCGAAGCAAUGAGCCCCGAAGCAAUGAGCCCUGAAGCAGUGAGCCCCGAAGCAGUGAGCCCCGAAGCAGUGAGCCCCGAAGCGGAGAGCCCCGAAGCAGUGAGCCCCGAAGCUAACCAAAAUCAAAAGCCCCCUGAUUCACAGGAAUCAUCCUGAAUCAUGUCUGGCUCCAGAUAUUAAAGGGAUGUACCACAAAGUCUUCGUGGUACAAAUAAUAAAAGUACUCAUAUG